AACCAUCUCAAAAUGAGAGAAGAACCUUUCUUCCAGUGCCGUUUCUUGGCUUCUUGUCUCAUCUUCUUCUUCUUCGUCCAUCUUCCUCAAGCUUUCACUUACAAUGCUCAUCUCAUCAACCCAUGCUCCGCACAUGGGUUUCCUCCCAUUUUUAACCCAAGGCUCUUAAAAGCUUACAAAGCCCUUCAAUCAUGGAAACACACUAUAACUUCAGACCCAAAUGGCUUCACUUCUAAUUGGUGUGGUCCUAAUGUUUGUAACUACACGGGUGUGUUCUGUGCACCGGCUUUAGACAACCCUUACAUCUCAACCGUAGCCGGUAUAGACUUAAACCGGGCCAACAUCGCCGGUUAUCUCCCGGUAGAGCUCGGUCUCUUAACCGAUCUCGCCUUAUUCCAUAUCAAUUCCAACCGUUUUGAAGGUCAACUCCCUAAAUCUCUAAACUGCCUCAAGCUUCUUCAUGAGCUUGACGUCAGCAACAACAAACUCUCCGGCGAGUUUCCGUCCGUAAUCUUCUCUUUACCUUCUUUGAAGUUUCUUGACAUUAGGUUUAAUGAGUUCUACGGCGAUGUUCCUAGCCAACUCUUUGACCUAACCCUAGACGCUCUCUUCAUUAACAACAACAAGUUCCGGUUUAGGCUACCGAAAAACAUCGGAAACUCUCCUGUUUCGGUUCUUGUGUUAGCCAACAACGAUCUCCAAGGAUCUUGUCUACCUCAGAGUUUCUACAACAUGGGGAAAACAUUGCACGAGGUUAUUCUCACGAAUAGUCAGAUUGGCGGUUGUUUAAACCGGGAAGUCGGUUUGCUAAACCAGUUAACCGUUUUCGACGUGAGUUUCAACAACUUAGUAGGUUCGUUGCCGGAGACUAUGGGUGAUAUGAAGAGUUUAGAGCAGUUAAACAUCGAAAACAACAAAUUCUCCGGUUACAUUCCGGAGAGUAUCUGCCGGUUACCGAGUCUAGAGAACUUCACUUACUCGUAUAACUUCUUCUCAGGAGAGCCACCGGUUUGCUUGAGGCUUCAGGAGUUUGAUGAUCGUGGAAACUGUUUACCUUUAAGACCAAUGCAACGGUCUCCCGCAGAAUGUAAAUCUUUUUCUUCUUAUCCUAUCAAUUGUGCUUCUUUCGGCUGCUCUCCGCCUAGUCCACCUCCUCCUCCACCACCAUCGCCACCACCACCACCACCAUAUGUGUAUCCGUCGCCUCCUCCGCCACCAUAUGAGUAUCCUCCACCACCGUGUGCUCUUCCAACACCGGUGCAUUACUAAUGUUUCUGUUGGUUAUAUGUGCAUCCAACAGUUGAAACGUGAAACUCCCAUUGUGUUCUACGUUAUGUAACGCUAGUGUUCACUAAAUUGUACUUUUCUCUGUAUUUUCUUUAAUUUUUUUUUUUAAAUUGAGUUAAGUGUUGUGAGGAACAUUUUUAGUUAUGUGAAAAUUGAUGGGAGUUGUGUGUAAUCUGGCAAGAAAGAUCUGUUGGAUAGUUAUUUGGAGUGGAUGCUUUAGUGUUCGUCAAUUCAAACACCAUAAUUGGUUCUAAACAUAUGAUUUGUUUUAGUCACAUUUUCAUCGACGUUAUGGCAUUUACUGUAAGCAUUAU